AAGUAAUUGUCAACGUCAUAAAAAUACUACGGCUGGCGCCUAUUCAUAAUUUAACCGGCAUCUUUAUUUCUGCUCUGAACUUUCAUUUGUGUUAACAUUGCAUCGUUGUUCUCCGGACUCCGACUGGUUUAAAAAAUGGCUUCCAACGGUGAUAUAGAGCCGGAAGACAACGAAUUAAAUGAAAGCAAUGGGGACAAAGUUGUAACUAUGAUGGAUGUACUGCAAGAACAAGAAGAUUUUGAAGAAGAUGCAAAUGCCGUUCUUGGGGCCUCUGAUGAUAAAAACUGCACAUAUCCAUUAGGUUAUAUUAAACGGCAAGCCAUAUAUGCCUGCAUGACUUGCUGCUCAGAAGCCAAGGAAGAUCCCUCAAGGCGGGCUGGUGUAUGCCUGGCUUGCAGCUUAGCAUGUCAUGAAAAUCAUGAACUCAUUGAAUUGUACACUAAACGUAACUUCCGUUGUGACUGUGGCAAUUCAAAAUUCAACUCAAAUCCAUGCCAAUUCACAUCUGAAAAAAUAGAUCUGAAUGAAGAAAAUUGUUACAAUCAAAAUUUUUCAGGCAUUUACUGUGUCUGUCAUAGGCCCUAUCCUGACCCUGAGGCGACUGAAGAAGAUGAAAUGAUACAAUGCAUUAUUUGUGAAGAUUGGCUGCAUGCAGCUCACCUCGAAGCCACUGUCCCUUCAGCACAGUAUGCAGAGAUGAUUUGUAAAGAAUGUAUGAGCAGAAAUGAAUUCUUACAUGAUUACAGUGGUCUUGCUCUCAAUUCUGAAAAUGAUUUUAUAGAUGUUAUGAAUACUAGCAAUGAUAAGAUUGAGUUAUGUAAUGGAACUGAAACCAAUGAAAACAUAAAUACUAUAAGUGAUGUAGGCAAUUGCAAAACUGAUAUUGAAGUGUCAGACGUUAAUGAAAGUAAAACAGAAGUAAAUCCUCCUAAAGAAUCUAUAGGAGCUGAUGGUGAAUUAAAUGAAGGUAUAGAGAAUGACGUUAAAAUGCCACAAAUGGAGACUGAGGUGCCAAUGGAUGAGAAACUAAGCAAUGAAAACAUGUUAACUGAAGCCAAAGAUCCCAUGGAGGAUGAUGCUGAAAAGAGAGAUAAUGUAUCUACAGAAUCUUCAAAGAUAGAUCACACUACUCAUAAUCCAACUAUUAAAAACUGCAGUGAAAAAAAUAUUGAUAGCCAUAUAAAUGAUUUGAAAGAAAUUGUAGAGUCAUCAGAAGAUAGUGUUGGUGUUAAUAUUACCAGCAAAGAAAAUGAAAGUAAAGACUGUAAUCCAAACACAGAUAUUGGUGAACCAAAGAUUGAUGAAGAUGAGCAACCUAAAAAUGCUAUUCCAGAAGAAGAACAAAUCAAAAAUGAAGAAUCAAAACUUGAUGAAAAUGUGCCCACCGAAAAUGCAAUUACAGGUGAUAACAUAGAAGAAACUAUAGAAACGAAUGAUAAAUUUACCCCAAUAAAAAUAGGCGCUCCAGAAUCAGAAAAUGAAAACUCAAAAUCUACACAUGGUGAAAGUGUUAAUGAUGAAAAAACUGAUGAUGAUACCAUUGCUUCAACAACAGACAAUAUAGCAAAUAAGGAUUCUGAUGAUGGUGGAAAUAUAGAGACAACUAUUAAUGAUGCUACAAUUCAAACUACAACAACAUUAGAUCAAGGGAAAAAGGAAAGUUCUAACUCAGAAGAAGAACUUGAAAAAAUGGAAGAAGAUAAGCUUCUUGCUGAUCCGGAGGAGAAAGCUAAUGAAGGUAAUACUUCUGAAGGUAGUAUCAAGCAAACUCUAGAAGAAAACUAUGACAACAAACAACUAGAAAGUAACACACAAGAUGAAGAUAGAGCAGAAGGAACAGUAACAUCCACUGAAUGUGGUCCAAUGGAUACUACAUCAAAUGAUACAAAAUCCUCAACUAUGCCAGAAUCUGAUGUUCAAAAUAGUGAAAAUCAGAUAAAUGGAACAACAGGAGAUGAUAAAUCAAAGACUGAAACAAGUAGUAUUGAAGGGGAGGACUUAAAUAAAGAAAAUAAAAAGCGAUUAACAGAAUCCAACAAUACUAAUGAUGCUACUAAUCCAGGGAACACUGUUUCAAUUGAUACAAGUAUGAAAGUAGACAGUGAUGAAGCUGAACAUUCCUCAGAUAAUGUUCCAAUAGAAACUUCAAGUGAUAAACAUGAUAUUAAAAGAAAGCUACCCGCCAACGAACCUGAAGAUACUGAAACUAAAAAACGAAAAGUAGAUGCUGUUCAAUGCAAUAGACCAAAUGGAAGCAGAAGAUAUAAGGGUGCUACUUUCUGGCCAUCACAUUUUAGACAAAAACUUUGCACUUGCAAUGAGUGUCUGUCUAUGUAUAAAGAUUUAUCAAUAUUGUUUUUAAUUGAUCCUGAGGAUACUGUUAGUGCAUAUGAAAAUUUAGGUAAAGAAAAAACAAAUGGGAAACCGGCAUCACAAUACGAAAAGGGUUUGCAAGCAUUGUCUUCUUUGGACAGAAUCCAACAAAUCAAUGUUUUAACUGAGUACAAUAAAAUGCGGGAUAAAUUCCUAGAUUUCCUAAAGAGCUUUAAGGAUAGAAGGAAAAUAGUGACUGAAGAAGAUGUUAAGGCAUUUUUUGCUGGAAUGAAGCCGAAAAGGCGGCCUGAUGGCGUAUAUUUUUGCAGAUAAGCUUUUAAACAUUUAACUUUUUAAUACUUUUGUCAUUAGUUCUAGGAUGCAACUUAUUUGGCAUUAUAAUUUUGAAUAUCUAAUUUUAAAUACAAUGUUUUUCGGAG